AAGUGAGAAAUGGAUAUCGUACUGAAACCCACAGGAAAAAUGUCUUGAAAUAUGCUUUAUAAUGAUAAUUUGCAAUGUAGAGUUUGUAAUAACCUUACAUGGGAUUCCACAAAUGAACACUAGAAGAAAUUGAACCAUGAGUUUUAUGAAGAAGCUUGUGGGGCAGAAGUUGAUGUCGGACUCUGCCCGGCAAUCUCAUGUUCAGGACAAUGCUCUUGGACUCAUGCAUUUACGCAAAUUGUUUGCGGAAUUCCGUCAUCCUACGGCCAAAGCUACUCAGAAGGACCAAGAGGACAAACUGUAUAACAUGCUGCCUCUAUUCUGCAAGGUGUUUGAGAAUGCUCCAUCUUGUGAAAUGACAGAAAAGUGGGGUGACAUCCUACAGUUUUGUAGCCAUGUGUCCAAGCUGAUGGUCACUGAGAUUCGACGCAGGGCAUCUAACCAGUCAACAGAGGCCGCCAGUUGUGCAAUCGUCAAGUUUCUGGAGAUCGAGUCAGGUGAACCUAACAGCAAUGGCUGGACCCUACUUAGUGCCAUCAACCUGCUGUCCAUUGGCGACCAGGCUUUGAUCGACUGCAUGACAGCUGCCUCCCUCCCUUCCACACUCGUCAAAUGUCUGUAUCUGUUCUUCGACCUUCCUGCUGACACCAUUAGCGACACACUAGAAUCUGGUUGUGAAUUCAGUCCCAAGGAGAGACGGAUACUUUUACAGAAAGUCUUUGUGCAGGUGCUGGUGCGCUUGUGUAACCACAUCUCCCCGGCGGAGGAGCUGGCACGGAAGGACGACCUGAGUCUUCUGUUCAGUGCCAUCACCAGCUGGUGCCCCUUGUCUAAUGUUCCCUGGAGGAAGAGUGCUGCCGAGGUGCUUGUCACGCUGUCGCGCCAUGGACUUUCUCACGCUGUCGUCAAGUACAUUCAUGACAAGGGUUGUGUUCGUCACUGUAUAGAAAAUAUGCAGAGGGUGCAAGAGUUAUCUCCCCUGGAGCUAGUCGAGAUGUUUGUGACCGUGUUCUGCUUCCUGAAAGAUUCCAGUGAGGUGUCACAGACGCUGCUUGAUGACUUCAGGUCCUGCCAGGGAUAUGUCUAUCUCUCCGAGUUCCUCCUCAGACUUGAGCAAGACCCUGCAGAGGAGUCCCAGCAAGCCCUUCGUAACCUGGUUCUCCUGGUGGGGUCACUGACCACGUGUGGCUACCUGGAGCUCAAGCCUAGCCAGGCCAGCUCGGGAUCACUCUUCCAGAUGCCAGGCUUCAUAACACCACAGCCAGCCGGGAAAGAGGUUCAGCUAUUUUCCAGUGGUAGUAACAGCGUCAGUGUCCGCAACCUACAUGCUUUCCAAGUAUUACAGUCAGUAUUCCUGAAGGCCCAAACAAGUCAGCUGUGCAGCACCAUCCUCGACGUCAUCAGCAGCAUCUAUCACCAGGACAACGCCAACUACUUCAUCCUAGAACCACAGCACACACUCUCUCAGUUUGCUGAAAAAAUCUAUCUCAAACCCAACGAUAUACAGAACAAAUUCUUUGAGUUGAUGGAGUUCAUUGUGUUUAAUCUGAACUUUGUACCCUGCAAGGAACUCAUCAGUCUCAGCAUACUAAUCAAAUCACAACAUUCCAUAGAGUGCAGCAUCCUGUGCAUGAAGACACUGUUGAAGAUCCUGCGCUACCACAGCACCUACAGGGAUGUGUUCCGAGAGGUGGGCAUGCUGGAGGUGAUGGUCACCUGUCUCUACAGAUACGCAGCACUUCUCAAGGAGCCUCAGAGUGACUCAGCAGCAGGCAGUGAGGGUGGGAAGAUCCCAGAGGAACAGCAGGAGUUGGGGCACCACGUGAUGGAGGCACUAGCCGUGCUGCUGUGUGGCAACUCCAGCAAUGCCAGUGUGUUCCGAGAGUGUGGAGGAGCUCGUUGUGCACACAACAUGGUGCCAUACCUGGGCUGUCGACAGUUGGCGCUCAACAUUGUCCAGCAGCUGGUACUGUCACCUGGUGGCGAUGAUGACAUGGGCACUCUACUGGGUCUCAUGCCCACAGCACCUGUCACCGACCUGGAACUCAAGACUCACAUUCUCAAGUCUCUGUUGAAUGUACUACGAGAGAGCCACCGUACUCGGACAGUGUUCCGUAAAGUAGGUGGCUUUGUGUACGUCAUGUCUGUGCUGGUGUCCAUGGAGGGUUGCCUAGCUGAUCCACCCAAGGCACCAUGGGAUAUGGUACCAAGGAAGGACAUUCUCACCAUGCUACGGACAGUAUUCAGCACUCUUACCGUAGCCAUGAGAUACGAACCAGCCAAUGCAAAGUUCUUUGCCUCAGAGGUGCGGUAUGACAGUCUGACAGAGGCCAUCAGGCUGUUGGGCUGUUUCUCCAACACGAUAGACAUCCAACCAGCUCCUGAGGACCUGAAACCCAGUGAAAACCUUGACCAUCUCCAUGACUUCUUCUGCCACACCAAGGAUGACAAACUGCAGAAGCCUGUACCAAUCAUACUGCUGUCAGCGAUCCUGAUGAUCCGAUACCUGUAUGACAUGGCCCUCGAUGCCUUUGACAGACCAAUGCCCAACCAAGUAAAGGCGGACUCCCCUUCAAUGAGAAAACACACGUCUUCAGUAUCCGAUGAGUCUCAGAUAAACCAGGCUGCUCUGAAACCAAAGCGAGGGAGCACGGGAAGUAUGUCCCUCAACCUCACCAGCCCCUCAGACCUCAUUGUGGUACAUGCAGGGGCAGUGCUGUCCAUGUUCCAUCUCCUGCCGGCAAUUGAGCUGUCUUCUGAUAGUCAGACUUCCCUUGACCUGCGGCUGUUUGUUGGUGACACCCUGAAGACACUUCUUCGCACUGAGCGUAACCAACAGGUAAUGUGUGAUGGGCGCUUUCCCCACGAGUUGUUGAGCCAUGGCAGUGUGGCCCUUGCUGACGAGUCCCACCCUCUCCACCCCUACCUACAGUACAUGUUCGAGAGACUGGCCUCACAGUCACUCACACCCAGAGAUCUACGAGACUUCAUGAGAUUAGGAUCCCCUCUCAGCUGCCGAGCAGUUGAAGACACAGCCCAGCUGGACACAUGUGCUUGGCAUGAUGCUGAGAUUGUGUCCCAUUCCAUCAACAUGGAGGACAAAAAAGCCACUGUGGAGAUCGAGAAGAAGCUCAAGUCUGCUGGUCAGACUGUCCCUCUCACUCGAGUCAAGUGUCUUGUUUCCAUGACAACACCCAGAGAUGCCAGGAUGCAUGGGGCGACGGUGACUCCAGCCUUCGUAGAGUUUGACAUGAAUGCAGAAGGGUUUGCCUGCCUCUAUCUACCCAGCAUUGCCCCUCAAGGCCCACCCACCCCGUCAGUUGUUGGGGGCGUGGUCGGCACCUCAGAGCCUGUUGUCAUAGGUGGAGUGGGCACAGGUGAACGAGUGUUCCCUCCUCAAUCUGGACUGACCUACUCCACGUGGUUCUGUGUGGACAAGUUCAGCACUGUGGCCCAGGAUGCCCACCCAGUCCGCCUCCUCACCGUAGUCCGCAACCUGCAGGGGCGGGACGAGAAUCUCAUCUGUCUGAGUGUCACACUGGCAUCUCGGGACAGAGCUCUCAUAGUGGCCACACAGGAGACUUACAUGCCUAACUCUGUGAGUGGCUGUGAGCAUGAACAAGAGCCCACAUUGAAUGACAACACUGUUAGGUUCUGGUGCCCUGAACUCACACAGGAAGGACAGUGGCACCACCUGGUGUUGAUCUUCCACCGAGCUGGCAUCAUGAAGAACAGCAGUGUCAGCCUGUUUGUGGAUGGAGAACAUGUACAGACACAAAAGCUUCAUUACAUAUCGCCCAACCUGGGUGGUGGGGGAACAGCCAGCCCAACAGCCUUCACCUCCGUGUUCGCCUACAUCGGAACUCCCCCACAGCUGAGACGGAACUCACGUCUGACAUUCAGACAGGGACCAUGCCACCUCCUGGAGGACAUUGUAUCAUCAUCUACCGUUCAAAACAUCUACAACCUUGGUCCGACGUACAUUGGCAGCUUCCAGGCUCCUGUUCUCGAAGAUGGAGAAGUUUCUGGACCAUUCAUAGCUGAAGAGAAGGUGAUGUUUGAAGUUCACGCCCAUGCUAUGUCACAAAUGACCAUUGCAAAGAUCAGGAAAGUCUACAACAAAGUAGACAGCAAAUCCAUUGCCAAACAGCUUGCCAUGUCGGCCCAUGAAAAUGCAACACCUAUCAGGAUCCUCCACAAUGCUUCUGGACACCUGGCGGGACCAGCUCGUAGUUUAGGGGCCAUUCUCAUGGGAUAUCUUGGUGUCCGCACAUUCUGUCCUCGUCCUGUUGCCAAAAUGUUGGACAAUGUUGGAGGCACCUCAUCCCUGCUUGGCCUGAUCGCCAUGGCAACUGAUGUGGAAGGCCUGUAUGCUGCUGUAAAGGCGCUAGUGUGUGUAGUCCGGAGCAACAAGGCGGCCAUGUGGGACAUGGACAGGAUCCGGGGCUAUCAGAUGCUGGCUAUGUUGUACAAGAAGAAGCGUCACCUCCUCAACAGCCACAUCCUACAUCUCACCUUCUCGUUAGUGGGUACUGUUGACAGUGGAAGAGAGAGCUCUGCCAUACCAAACCAGACGUCGUUUGAGGACUUGCUCUGCAAUCUCGAGGUGUGGCACGAAGCUCCAGGGGAUCUGCAGAGAUCUCUCUAUGAACACUUCUUUGAACUGUUAACAGAAUCUAGUGAUCAGAAGGUGAACCACAGCAUGAUGCGUCAGAUCGGUCUGGUUGAGAGACUGCUUCACGUCAUGCACGAUGUCCGGCUGUCCCAGCUGACCAUCCAGACUGUGUCCUCCGUCCUCAAUGAACUCCUGCAGGGGCCACCAGACGCCCCUGCUCUACUCAGAUUUGGCCAGUUUGUCGUAUCAACCAUUCCCUCAGCUAGUGUGAAUGAGAAGCUGAUCAGUCUUCAGGCAAACGGUACUGGACUGUCCAACAGUGACGAGGAUGUAUCCCCUUCAGCCACACAACAGGAAGUUACAGCUGAGAGUAACCAGAUCAACCAGAUCCACACCAUCAAAUUGAGGAACAUCCUGCUGGAGGUGAUGCUGAGGCUCAUCAUUCCACGGGGAGCCAACAAAGUGGACCAGUUUACCUGUGAGGAGAUUCAGAAGGUGCUGGGCUUUGAUUGGCUGCUGCUGUUCCUGCAGCCUCACCUUCACCAGUCAACAGUAGUACUGGCUUUGAGACUACUCCUCACCAUGUUCCGCAACCCCAACAACAUCAACCGCUUCCGAGAGGGCAGCUUCGGCGGAGGCUGGCUUGGUGAUACAGAACAUGUGAUCAAGAACCAGAUGGCCACCAUGCUGGGUUUCAAUCUAGGAACUGCCUCCAAAGGCCAUGAACGUGAGGUCAACUCUGAGGUUUGCCAUGUGCCAGGGUUCCUCGCCCUGCAGUGGUUGUUACCGCGGCACACGGAUGUGUCCGCACUCUACUUCCUGCUGAUGGCUCUCAUGCUUGGCCAGCACAUGAAAGAACUGCCAGCUGACGUUCAGCUGAACCUGGAUGCUGUGUGGACUGUGAUAUUUGGGGUGCCAGCCAGCAAACCUGUGGCUCUGUUGGCCAAAGAGAAGGUGGACCUUGUACCUGAUGCUGCCUUCGUCAUCCUGUCUAUGAUCCGAGCAAUGCUCAACUUGACGCCUGGAGAGGAGAACAACACUAGCGCCAACAGCUCUUGGCUGCAGGACUUCCCUGUGACGCUGAUGCAGUUCCUGUUGUUCCUGUACCACAACCAGGCCGACUUCCUGACACUGUGCACCAUGCCGGACUUUAUCUCGGGGCUGGCUGCUACCCUGUUCCCUUUCCAGCCAAUGGAUUUAGACAGUGACCUCACAUCUCCACAGGAGGAGUUCAAACCAUUCCCUGAUGCUGAGCCUGUUGUGUUGGUCAAAACGCCAGAGAAAAGUAAUGGAAGUGUACUCACUAAUCAUUCCGCUAGAAAGUUCAUCAUUGACUUCCUCCGCACCAUCGUCAUCGACAGCUUCUCACAACCACCAACAUCCAAGUCCAAUGCUGUUAUUGACCUGCUUCUAGAUGCCUCCCCUGAACAUGCAAGUCGAGCCCAGCAGAAGGAGUUCCAGACAGAGAUGUUGACAAUACUGAUGGCGCACCUGCUGGCUGCUGAUGUGCUCCUCGGGGAGCAGGCUGCACUGCCCAUCGGCACCGGCAACAGCUACAACAACAUGGCUGCCAAUGUCUUCUACUUUGCUAGCAGGGUUGUAGACAAACUAUGGCAAGGUGUAUUCACAAGAAGUUCCAAAGAAGUGUAUGAUUUUGUUAGCAAACUGAUUCAACAAGCCAAAAGAAAAUCAUCAGGGGUGUCCCUGGACAAUAUCUACAAGUGUCUGAACAGGACCAUCCUGUUCCAGCUGUCUCGGCCUAUAGACAGUGUGGCCAGCCAGGCCGGGGUGCUGGAGGCCCUACACAGACUCACCAACUCACGCAGCAUGGUGUUUGGACCUGGCAACUAUGAUCAGGAGUUCCUGGGCUGUCUCUGCUACUGCUUGCUGCAGCUUACAGAGGACCCAGAGUCGAGUGGAGCUAACCUGAGCGAGUCUAAGCCAAGACAAACAACAUGGCACGUGGAUCCUGACUCGAUGGACUCUGACCCCUAUGGCCAGACACCACCAACAGAGACCCCGCAGACUGCCCCAACCAACUCAGUACUGAAGGAGGGCAUGCACCUGGUGGCUGCUGCUGCCAAGAGGGUGUGGGAUGAGCUCUAUGUCUGCAAGAAGCCAGCUCUGGAGGAGAUUUUCCGUACCCAACUGAAUAACAUUGACAGUUCCACCAAGAAUAUCUCCAGUCCAGACCUGAACACUGUCAGAUUGCUGAUACAAGAAGCAGCUUCCAAGAUCUGGGUGAACUAUGCUGAGAAUGAGCGCAAGUCUGUCUUGAUGCACACUGACAGAAUACAGACACAGAUACAGUCGAAACUACAAAGAGUAGGGAGUGGCGUUCUUCGUCUGGCAUCCCGCCGUGCAAAGAGAGAGCUGCCCCUCAAGUCAUCACCGGCGUCAAAUGUUCAUAUUCAUGAUUUCUACAUGUGGACCAGUACCCAUGUAACUUUAGUCAAAGAUGUGGUGGAGUUUCAGCACAAGCAGUAUCUGCAGAGCCAGGAGCACAUGGAGAAGUACCUGAUCGAGGAGUGGAGCCAGAUGGAGGGAGAGCUGCUGCGAGUUCGGGGAAUAUGGGGCCCGGAGGUCAGCAACAGACUGGACAAGUGGCAGCUGGAUAUGACAGAAGGUCCAUGUCGAAUGAGGAAGAAGAUGCACUGCAAUGAGUUGUUCUAUGUGCAUUACCCAUACAGGCCUGAUCUGGAGGACAGUCCUCUGAGGUACAAGGUAGCCAUCAGUUUUGAUAGCAAGGAAUACUGUGAGCUGUAUCGACCUCAGACAAUCUUGGGUAUGGAAUCUCUGCCCAUCCAGCGCACUGGUGAUGCUGAUCUUUUGUCUGCAGAGUCUGAGAAUGGAGCAGACAGGUCACUAGAAGCUGACAUCAUGAAUAUGCCAAAGCUUCUACCUCGGUCGACCAGUCAGCGGUCUGGCGGGGAGGAUGAGGACCAGGAUGACCUUCAGAGCACGGACACAGCAGACACGACGGACGGAGAGCGGUCAGACACAACCACAGGGGAGGGUCAGCAGGAGGGUCAGUCCACAGGGGACAAGGGAGACAACCAGGCUAUCCUCAGGUUGCUGGGAGACAAGGAGAAGAUCACCCACAUGUUCCGAUGUGCACGGAUUCAGGGUCUUGACACAGCAGAAGGACUGCUACUGUUCGGCAAGGAACACUUCUAUGUGAUUGACGGCUUCACGCUACUCAAGACAAGGGAGAUCAAAGAUAUUGAUACUCUUCCUCCUGAGUAUCACGAUCCAAUCAUUCCCAAGUCAUCUAUGAGCAGUGGAGGUGCUCUAAAGAGAAUGUGCAGCAAGUUUGCCUAUGAUGAGGUGCGAGAGGUGCACAAACGCCGCUACCUGCUCCAGCCCAUUGCUAUUGAGGUCUUCUCUGCUGACGGCAGGAACUAUCUACUAGCCUUCCCGCGCAAGAUCAGGAACAAAGUGUAUGCAAAAAUUCUGUCGGUGGCCACUGCCAUUACUGACAAUGCCCAGCAGUCGGUGUCAGGACAGAAACAGAAUGCCAAAGUAGAGUCAGGUGGCGGCCUGAUCAGCAGCUUGAUUGGGGAGAAGUCUGUGACGCAGAGAUGGGAGCGUGGAGAGAUCAACAACUUCCAGUACCUUAUGCACCUGAACACCCUAGCAGGGAGAUGCUACAACGACCUUAUGCAGUACCCUGUGUUUCCCUGGAUUAUCAAUGACUAUGAUUCAGAGGAGAUGGACCUGUACAAAGCUUCUACAUUCCGAGACCUGUCAGCUCCAAUGGGGGCCCAGUCCCCAGACAGACUCAAACAGUUCCAAAAGAGAUACAAUGAGUGGGAUGAUCCUCAAGGUGAAACCCCUCCCUACCACUACGGCACUCACUACUCAUCAGCUAUGAUCGUAGCCUCCUAUCUAGUCAGGAUGGAACCCUUCACUCAGCACUUCCUGAAACUACAGGGAGGUCAUUUUGACCUGGCUGACAGAAUGUUUCACAGCGUCCGAGAGAACUGGUUGUCAGCAGCCAAACACAACAUGGCCGAUGUGAAAGAGCUUAUUCCAGAGUUCUUCUACCUCCCAGACUUCUUGAUCAACAAGAACAACUUUGACCUAGGUUGUAAGCAAAGUGGUGUCCAGCUUGGUGAUGUCAUACUGCCAGCGUGGGCUAAAGGUGACCCUAGAGAAUUCAUCCGAGCCCACAGAGAGGCCCUUGAAUGUGACUAUGUCAGCGCUCACCUCCAUGAAUGGAUAGACCUGAUCUUUGGCUGCAAGCAACGUGGACCACCAGCUGUGGAGUCGGUCAAUGUGUUCCACCACUUGUUCUAUGAAGGUAACGUGGACAUCUACAGCAUCGAUGAUCCUCUAAAGAAGAACGCAACCAUUGGUUUCAUAAACAACUUUGGACAAAUACCCAAACAGUUGUUCAAGCGGCCCCACCCCCAGAAGAAGUUGAACAUCCGUGCCCUGGACCCCCUCCCCAUGGGCUCCUAUACCAGCACCUCAGCGGACAGACUCUUCUUCCACAAUGUUGACAAUCUAAAACCUUCCAUGCAGCCUGUCAAAGAGCUAAAGAGUGCCGUGGGUCAGAUCUUCCACAGUGAGAAGUAUGUGAUGGCUGUGGAGCAGAACAAAGUCCUCAUCCCGCCGGGCUGCAACAAGUACCUGGCCUGGGGAUACUCCGACCUCAGUGUCCGCAUCGGCAACUACGAAUCUGAUAGGGCCUCUGCAGUGUUUGAAUGUCUGGACAAUGGAGAGAUACUGUGUGCUGCUUGCCCCAACUCCAAACUCUUUAUCACAGGAGGAUUCAGCUGUGUUGUGAACGUCUGGGAGUACAUUCCUAAAGAGCGGAAAGCUCUCCUGAAGCGCCCAUUGUAUGGCCACACUGAGCCUGUCACGUGUCUAGCAGCCUCCCCUGCAUACAAUGUGAUCAUCAGUGGAUCGCGUGAUCGCACCUGUAUUAUCUGGGAUAUGAGCCGGCUGAUAUUUGUACAUCAGCUGAGAGGCCAUGUAGCACCUGUGGCUGCUGUAGCCAUCAAUGAUCUGACGGGUGACAUUGCCACAUGUUCUGGCACCUACCUGCACAUCUGGAACACCAAUGGUGAAGGCAUAGCUAGCGUGAACACCUCCACAGGGCGUAACCAACAGAUCCUGUGUGUGGCCAUGUCACAGAUGAUGGAGUGGGACCCACAGAAUGUCAUCUUGACAGGAAGCAGUGAUGGUGUUGUCAGGAUGUGGAGUGUUGAGUAUGUCCAAGUGCCGAUAGAAAACAAGACCAAAUCCAAGGACCAGCCUGAAACAGGCAAGGAGAAGGAUGUGGUUACCUCCCCUGUUGUUAAUACUCAACCAAUCGGAAUUCCAAAAAUAGCUCGCCGAGAGUCCUGUGAUAGCUACAGUGACGCUCGUUCAGCUGUGGACUUGUUGAAAGACUUUAAAGAUCCUGACUAUCUGGCAGCAAAGGAAUGUGAGCUUGGGUCAUCUGCAGACAGUGAGCAUCAUUACAUCAACAGGAUGAAGAACCGCGACACCAAGAAGCGAGAACAAACAAACACGGGUGAUGCAGACAAGGAUGUGUUUGAAAGACUGGAGUCCAAUCUGAGUACGACGAGUAGCACAAGUGACUUGUACCGAGGCGAGGAUGGCACAAGUACUAACGGUGAUGGAGAUGACUUGAGUCGAGAGUGUGACAGCUCCAGCAUCAAAUCAGGGGAACAUUCCCUCGACACAGCUCUAGAUGUUCUCACGGAACUAGGCGAUGAAGAUAAGGUGACAUCUCCGAACAGCCAGCAGCCGAGUCAGUCCGAACCGUGUCUGGCUGCUGUUGCUAGUGGGGAAAACAGUGUUGGUGUUGAUGGUCGUAGCAAGAGCCAUCCUGACUUGAAGGGGUCGGGGCAUGAGUCCGACUCAUCUCGAUCCAACAGUUCAGACUUUGUUGUGAUUCAGGAUGGUGAGGUGGCAGACUCGAAGAAGUCGAUGGAGGAGGUGUUGAAGAAGUACAAGCCGAAGAACAAGAACACUCUCAGAGAAGGUUUCCAGUGGCAGAGUCAGCUGGUGUUCCGCAGCAAGUUGACAAUGCACACAGCGUUCGAGAGGAAGGACAACAAGGACCCUGCUGCUGUCACAGCCAUCGCCAUUUCCAAGGACCACAAGACUGUGUAUGUGGGUGACGCUAAGGGAAGGAUAUUCAGCUGGACAGUGACGGACCAGCCUGGCCGUGUGGUGGCUGACCACUGGAUGAAGGAUGAGGGAGUGGACAGCUGUCUUUCCUGCUCUGUCAAGUUUUCCUUCUCCGGGCGGCGACACCAUUGUAGGAACUGUGGACAGGUUUUCUGUUCAAGAUGUAGCCGGUAUGAGACGGAGAUCCGGCGUCUCCGCAUUGUGCGACCAGUGCGAGUGUGUCAGGCCUGCUACAACAUAGUCCGGGCACAGCAGGCUGCAGAUGCCAUUGCCAGCCAGAAGACGUGAACACCAUCAUUCCAUUGAGUGCAUUAGACUAGUGUCAGUGAACAGUAGACCACAGUACACGUUCCACCUGCGACUUCACCUGUACCAAUGUUGUGAUGUGUUGGUAGGGAGUGGUCCCAGUCAUACCUUGCCAUCUUGGAGUGCCUCGUUUUGUACACUGGCAAGAUGAGGCGGAUAGUCCAUGGGGCUCAUACACCAAGGACACCUUAUUUCAGAUCAGAAGGGGAUUUUUCUAGCCUCAAGUGGCCUACGUCAAGCCGGGAGAAGGCUGUUUGAAGCUGAUGGGUCAUAUUUGAAGCCUGAUUUUUUAGCUUGUUUGAAACCUGUUUUGAAGAGGGUCCAUUAUGGCAUUCGCAGCUUUUGUUUUGUUGAUCACUAUGGAAGCGUUACUGUGAAUUGAACUGACAUGCUGAGAGGGCUCAGGUUCUGCAUUGUUGAAGGAAGGGGACCUAUGUUUCUGUUGAAUUGCUGUGUCAGUUGCUUCCAGUCUCCCUAUGUUCUGUACUGUUUGUCAGUAUUGGUUAAAUUUCUUAUGGUAUUUUGUUGCUGUUAUUGCAUUGGAGUUGUUUUCAUGACAACAGGGAUAGGAAGUGAUCGUUGUGAAGAAAUUAGUCAAAUCUUAUCUCAAUAAUCCAAAGGAGGACAAAAGGAACUGAACGUCAAAAGUCAGAUAGGUUAAAGAGUAUACUAUGCUAUCUGACCAAGCAUAUCAUUAUGUAUAGAAGUGGAAAGUGUGAGACUGGUUCUCUUAAACUACACGAUAGUAUGUUCAGGGUCUGAACUCUAUUUUGAACUAACUUGCAUCAUCUGGAUACACAGCAGAACAACGUGAACACAAGAAAACAACAACACGAACACAGGAGAACAAUAUUAACACAGAACAACAUGAUCAAAAGAGAACAUUGUUACACGGGUAAAACAAGUCACUGUUAAGAAAGCCAGAACUGGAACAUCUUCAAAGUGACAGUACCUAACGAUACCGAGAUUUGGCACAGUAAAAUCUGUAUUUGCCAACACAGAAUCUCUGGAUCAAGUGAAAUCCCAAGCAUUUGCCUGCCAGUUCUGUUAUCUGUCUGUCCGCAGUGUAGCAAGUAGGCGUUGUGUUAUGUGUUGUUCAACAUCUGUGUCCAGCAUCUGUGUCCAGCCCCAGAAUCUCACUCACAAACACAGCACUCAGUGUUUAAAUUUGUUACAGAAUCUGCAUUGCUUGUUCCUGUCACGGUUACCAGUGUAGUUUUGUUAACAGACGCUUGCCAUAAUCACCAUUGUAUCAAUGUUGAUAAGUUGACAUUACAUAAUACAGCUACCUGUUUGAGAUUGUAACUGUUAUGGCAAUUGGAAGCUAUUUACAUAUGUUGAGUCUGUGUGGAAUGAAGUAAUAUGUGGAGCUGUGUUGGGAGCUAUGAAACAACCGAUGAUAAGCUUGUGAGCCACAAAUGCUUCAUUGUCUGGAUGGUGAGAUGGAAAGCAGCUCAUGGGGAAGAUGGUGUAACGUCAAUUAGCUCAUGAGGAAGGUGAGAUGGAAAGCAGCUCAUGAGGAAGCUGAUGAGUCAUCAAUUAGCUCAUGAGGAAGAUGGUAAGACGGAAAGCAGCUCGUGAGGAAGAUGGUAAGAUGGGAAGCAGCUUGUGAGAAAGAUGGUAAGAUGGGAAGCAGCUCGUGAGAAAGAUGGAAAGCAGCUCAUGAGAAAGAUGGUAAGACAGCAGAAGCUUGUCAGGAAGAUGGUGAGAUGACCAGCAGCUGCUCAGGAAGAUGGUGAGACAACCAGCAGCUCACCAGCAGUUAGUGCUAUAGAAUAUGAACAUGGUUAGCCAUGUGAUGAUGAAGUUCCAUGUUGCCCUUUUGUCAAUAAGUUUUGUUUGCCAUGAUAGCUGAGUAUAUAGACUGUCAGCGUGUCCUAACAGUACCUCCUCCAUGAGGGGGGUGUCAUGUUAGUAGUGAUAACUUGUUUCUGUGCAAUGAAUUUAUACCAGGGUGAUAGACUGACUCAAACAUUUUGUUUGUUUGUGUUUUUCGGGGAACUUUUAUUAGUUAUCUUUGGAGAGGUUUCCACAAAACUUGAUGCAAUGAAUGUUGACUCAGUGCUCAUUUCAAAGUGGGGAAUUUCAGAUUUCUGUAUGAUUUGUAUGUGAAGAGUUCCUCAGUCAGGAGACCGUCUAAAACAAAUGAAUUCAUGAUGUUAUGAGGAUGAAAUCAUGAUUGGUGAAACUUGAAAGUUUUAUGCUUGAAUAUUACUUACCUGCAUAUGUGAAAUGGAUAUUUUUGGUUUUGCAUGAAAUGUCCAUGACAGAGAAAUUUGUUAUUUUGAAGGAAAAAUAGAUUGGGAACUCCUGAUUUUCUACAUUUCACAUUUGUUUUAAUGCAUUAACAUUAAACUGAGUAUAAGCCUUUCCUAGUCAUACCCCUGAAUGAGGAAAGUUUAGACCAAUAUUUACUGUAGUAAACCCAGAAGGUUCUCUGAGAACGUCUCGGUAUACCCCAUAGGGUGAUGAAGAAUUAACCCACCCCAGUUACACAUACUAGGAGACAUUCCAUGGCUGAAUUCCACAAUCCAUAUUUCUGUUUCCAUAAUAUGAGCAGCUUCCGUGUUGUCAGCUGCUGACAUGUUGCAUGCUAUCAUUUUAUUAUUUUUCUCCUAAAGUCUUCUUUAUUUACUAAUGUUACUUGAAUUAUAUUUUAUUUAUUGAAGUAUAUAAAAAAAAGUAUCACAUUCGUAAAAUGGCAAAGAUAUUGAUUGGCACGAGAUGGAAUGUAUUCAAGAAAAUGGUUCUGUGGAACGUUAAAAAACCAAAAUGUUUGUAGUGAAUGAUUGGUUGAAAAUGUCUCUGGGUAUAUAACCUGAGGGAAAAUGUUCCUUGAAUCUGUCAAAGGUUCCAUGAUUGAUAUUUGGUUGAAAGAUGAACCAUUAUGGAGUGUAUCAAAACGGUUUUGAUGACGGUUCAUGACUUGGAUGAUUUCGGAUGUUCAUUUACAAUGAACUUUGAAUGCAAUUACCAGUAGAUCUUUACAUGAAGAAUGCUUCUGUGUAUUGGGAAAGGUAUGGACAGUUGUUUUUUUAAGAAAGGGUAAUUGCUGUAUUGUGAUUGUUUUCGUGAAAUGAGGUAGAUGAAAUGAGUGGUGCACAUCAGUAUGUCUGUCAGGUUUUGAAUGUCUUCCUAUGUUUACACUUCUCAGCAAACCUUCAUUUGUGUUUUAAGAGAACAUUCAAAUCCAUGGGCCACACAGUGGUGUGAAAAGUCAAAGGGCUUGCCUUGCCACACUCUUAAAAACACAAUGCCUGAAAACCAGAGUGUUAAGAUAGGAGAUAAAUACAGAAUUAUUUUAUAGCCAGUUUCUUUAUUAUUAAUGUCUAAUAAGCUGCUAUUAGUUCACUUGAAUCCAGGGUAAGAGGCCUUUGUUGAUGCUUCUUCUGUAAACAUCAGAAACAUAUUCGCUGAUGAAAUAAAUAGGUUGAAUGAAUCUUACUGCCAAUGAUAACACCUUCAUUUCUACAAGGAUUUUGAACACAUUUUCAAUAUGGCUAUCAAGUCAGCCAUAUUUUUUUAAAGCUGUUUAACUGUAAAAUAAAGUGAGCUCAAAUCCUGAGGCACAGAUUUAUUUUUAUUUAUUUCCAUUCCAAGUUGAAAACAAUGUUUAGAGAGAUAUAUAAUAUAUGAAAGAUAAAAACCAAUGUGAAAUUCUCAUAUACAUACAUAUAUCUAUAUAGAUACAUGUGUGUGUUUCGGAUGGAAUUAGUAUUAUGAACUGCAUAUAUAAAUAUAUCAUUGACACACUCCUAAUGGCAAUGUGCAAUAUGCUAGCUGUCAUUCUGUAUAUACUGUGCAUCGUUUUGUUUGUACAUAAAAGGCUUGCUAAUUGUUAUAUACGAGAAAAUAUGUUAUAAACAUAAUUCAUGGGCCAAACUGGGGAUCAUUUUAUAGGUUAUUUACCUCGUGUGACUGUCGUGUGAAACAUGUCCGUGGUGCCACUUAACACAGGUACUGCUCGUGCCGAAACUUACAUUAAUUCUGUUCUUGUUGCAUUGUUUAGAUUUUUAAUGCGUUUUUGUGAUUUUAGUGUAGAUUGUGUGCUCAAUCUUCUUGAAUGUAUAAAUCUUGUUUGCUUGAAGCUGAUGUGUUUGAAGAAGUUCUUGUUCAGAUAAUGUUGAAGUUUGAUUUGUUUGAUCAGAGUUACAGGGUUUGAAUUGUGGAUUAGAGUUUGAAAAGAAACGUAUGUUGGUAAGGCCAUGCCAAUCUUGUUUGGGUUUUAAGUAUUUUCUUGGCCAUUAGCUCAAGGUCAGACACAGAUGAACACGUACAGGUCAUUCA